AUGGAUGAAAGAAUUUACAACUUUAGAUUUUCUGCUUUCACACAGAUAUCAUCGAUGCAGUUAGAGGAAACAAUUAACCGAUAUGAAGAGUUGGAAUUACAAAAAAGUGAUGAAUCGAAAGAAACAUUUGGAUGUAACGAUCUGAGUGAGAAUGAUUCAACGACUUCAGAAAUGGGGCAGAUAGGGGAGGUAAAAAAUAAGUGGCAAGAGAAAAACAGCGAAUUCCAGAAAAUUAAGAAUGAACUCAGCGAUAAACAGAAGUUAGUAGUUGAACUCUAUGCGACGCUGCGCAUUCUUCAUCAGAAAAUGAUAGAGUCUGGACAAAAUGUAGAAUUGCCUGCUACAGACGAUUUACACGUUAUGAAUGUUGCAAAAUUAUCUCCUGAGCAGUUGCUUCAGAUGUGCAGAGAAACUAAGUUCCAAAACAACACCUCACAACCAGUGAAUAACAUGCUUCCUGUAGAUAUUCAAAAAUUGUACAAAAUGCCGUCUAAAUUAAUAACUACAUGUGAACAAGCUUUAGAGAAAGGGAAAGAAGUCAUUGACUGGUUUGGUUCUUUGAAAUCGCAGGUCAGCAGCAAUACUCUCACUAAAAAACUUAAUGCAUUUAAUUCCGAAAAUGAAAUGUUGACCGCUAUCUUAAGGAACCUAAAAACUGAAUGUAUUCAAGAGCUUCAAAUAAUUGAACAGUACAUAAGGCAAAGCGUGAACGACACGAUGGCGAUGCAUUUACAAUCAGAACAGAUGACUUGCAAGUUAUCAGAGUUAAACUCGCAGAAUGCUGAUCUUCGUAAGCAAUUGUUUAAUGCGGAAAACUUAAGAUCGCAUUGUAAUAAAAGAAGGGUUGAGGAACUAGAAAAGGAACUAAAAGAAGAAAAAGCCAAAAGAAUGUCUAUGAAAAACCGUCUGUCCAGAGCUGAAAGUCAAGUCAAAGAGGCUACUGAAAGAACGUCUCAGUUACAGGACGAGGUUAAUAAAGCCCACUUGCAAUUACAUACCAUGGAAGAUGCAAUGCUACACCUGGAACAACAGAACCAAAAGCUACAAAGAAAUUAUGACGACGAACUAAUGAGAUUAAAUGAAACUGUCAAAGAAAACACAGCAAAUUUGGAAGAAAUAGCACAUGAUCGUAAAAAACUACAAAUUGAGAAAGAUGAUCUUGAGAAAAAAAUCACAGAGCUUUCAAUGUACUAUGACGAGUCACUUCGAAAAAUACAGACAGAAAUGAAAUCAAACAUGGCAAAAUUAGCUGAAACAGAAACCAAGUAUAAUAUUGAAGUUGAAGAAAAAAAGAAACUAGAGUCACAUUUUUGUGCACAACUGUUAGAGGCUGAAUCACGAAAUGAAGACCUUUUACAAAAGUUAAAACAAAUAGAGUUACAGUUAAAUAACGUAAUGACAUUGGAACAUGAACAUGCAAAUAUACGGAAAGAGUUGGAAAAGACAUGUUUAGAAGCAAAAAAUUAUGAAGUCCAAUUGCUUCAACAAACUGAGGCUAGGAGUGAAAUAGAAAACCAUUGGAAACAAUCUCAAGAAGAAAUAUUGAAAUUAAAACAAGACUUAGCAGAGCAAGAACAAUAUACAGUAAAACUUAAAAACCAUGAAGAUUCUUUGAGAAAUCAACUUCAAGAAAGUGAAACAAAACUGGAACAUUAUGAAACUGAAUUGUCUUCCCUUAAAAGUUUUAUCACGCAAUUGAAGAACCAAUUCGGUGGAUAUGAAAAUAUUGACCAGCUACUUGAAACGAUAAAUCAACAAAACGAAAGAUUACUUGAAACCAAUCGUCAGAAUUGUGACAUCUCUGAAAAACUACAGCACAAAGAUAUCGAAUUAAGGGAAAUAUGUGAGACUGUGAAGACACAGAGUCAAAUGUUGCAAGAAAAAGAUGAUCUUAUAAAAAAAUUGACUGACGAUGUGGAAGAACAAGCUAUAAUUAAUAAACAACUGAAAAAUAACAUGGAAUUACGAGCUAAUGUAGAAUCUGAGCUUAAUCAACAGUUUGCAAAGAAGAAUUUGGAAAUAGAUUCUCUUGUAAGUACUUUAGAGACAAAAAAUAAUCAAAUAUCACAAUUGGAAAAAAUAAUUUUGACAUUAGAAAAUAAUGCUCAUAAGUCUGAUUUGCAAAAGAGAAAAUAUGAAGAAAAGAUCCGUUUACUUGAAACAAAAAUAAUCAAUUAUGAAUCCCAUUUCAAUAAAAUAGAAAAGGAAAAGACUUUAAAUAACUUUGAACAAGUACUAAAAAUUCUUGAAGAUGAAAUGGAAACACCAUUCGAGUCAAAAGACAUAAAGAAUGAAGACAGCGAACCACUUAAAAGGAGUUUUUUAACUGAAGAGCUACAAUUUGAUCAGUUCGGUGAAUAUGCGCGCAAUAAAAAACAAACAUUGUAUCCCUCUGUGAAAAGAAAAAUGAUGAAGAACAACAACGAUAAAAAUACAGUCGAGAAUACUUCUAGCUCUUUCAACGAAGAAAUGUAUGAAGAUGAUAAUUUUAAUUAUAAAAAUAAUAUGAAUACAGAAAACCGUUGUCCUGAUCAACAAGUUAACCUGAAUUCAGUAGAAUUGAAGCCAAAUUUUAUAAAAAGUACACACAGUGUUGGAAAUUCACGGGAGAAAAUACUUACUAAAAACUUACAGUUGUUUAGUAAACUUAGAAACGAAAAGAAAUCUAGAAUGUUUGAAAUAGCUUGUCACAGAAUGUAA